CCCUCUCACUUCCACCAAAGAAAUCCAUCAAAGACCUCACAAACCCAUCGUUUCCUUUCUCUUUCUUCUUCUUCACUUCAAGCCCUUUUUCCUCUCUCAACUUCUUAAAAAUGGAUAUGUUACCCAAAUGUGCUGCAAACUAUGUUCCUCUCACCCCCACUAGCUUCCUCUCUAGAGCUGCUACUGUCUAUGGAAGCCGCACCUCUGUCAUCCAUGGCAGAACCAAAUUCACUUGGAAACAAACCUACCAACGUUGUCUUCGCCUUGCUAGCACUCUCCAGUCACUUAAUAUCGUCAAGAAUGAUAUAGUUUCAGUUCUAGCACCAAACAUCCCAGCCCUUUAUGAGAUGCAUUUUGCUGUUCCCAUGGCCGGAGCUGUUCUCAACGCUAUCAAUACAAGGCUUGAUGCCAACAACAUUGCUACUAUCCUCAAGCAUUCAGAAGCUAAACUCUUUUUUGUUGAUUACGAGUAUGUGCCAUUAGCUCGUGAUGCACUCCGGCUACUCGUCGCCGACACAAAAGAAUCUCUGAUACCAUUUGUUAUUGUCAUAGAUGACAUUGAUUCCCCCACCGGAAUCCGCCUUGGAGGGCUUGAGUAUGAACAACUCAUCCACAAUGGAAAUCCUCGCUACACUCCGGAGCAGCUCACCGACGAAUGGGAUGCGAUCACACUGAAUUACACUUCCGGCACAACAUCGAAACCUAAGGGAGUUGUGUACAGCCACAGAGGUGCUUUUCUAAGUACCCUCAGCCUUGUAUUACAGUGGAAAAUGGGGGAGGAACCAGUUUACUUAUGGUCACUUCCUAUGUUUCACUGCAACGGGUGGACAUUCACGUGGGGUGUCGCCGCACGCGGUGGUACAAACGUGUGUAUUCGCAACACUUGUGCUGCCGACAUGUACCGGGCGAUCGCCGAACAUAAGGUGACCCAUAUGUGCUGUGCGCCUAUUGUGUUCAACAUCCUUCUUGAGGAGGAGGGCCGCCGUCUUAGCUCUCCGGUGGAGAUACUUACUGGCGGCGCACCACCACCCGCAGCGUUGUUGGAGAAGAUUGAGAAAUUAGGAUUCCACGUAACACAUGCAUAUGGGCUCACAGAAGCCACGGGACCCGCUUUGGUGUGUGAGUGGCAAGCUAAGUGGGAUCUAUUGCCGAAGGAGGAACAAGCUAAACUGAAGGCCCGGCAAGGGAUCAGUGUUCUGACGCUGGCUGAUGUGGAGGUGAAGGAUUUGAAAACUAUGAUUAGUGUUCCAAGAGAUGGGAAAUGUGUGGGUGAGAUUGUGUUACGUGGAAGCAGUAUCAUGAAGGGUUACUUCAAGGAUCCAGAAGCUACUUCCAAGGCUUUCAAGGAUGGAUGGUUUCUCACCGGAGACGUAGGAGUGAUCCACCCAGAUGGAUAUUUGGAAAUCAAAGACAGAUCUAAAGAUGUGAUUAUCUCAGGUGGAGAGAACAUCAACAGUGUUGAGGUGGAAGCUAUGUUAUAUAAGCAUCCAAGUGUGUUAGAAGCUGCUGUUGUUGCAAUGCCACAUCCAAAGUGGGGAGAGACUCCUUGUGCUUUCAUAACACUUAGAAAAGGUGAGAAAGGAGAGGUAAAGGAAGGAGAUAUUAUCUCAUUUUGUAGAAAAAAUCUUCCACAUUUCAUGGCUCCUAGGAAGGUUGUGUUCAAGGAUGAGCUCCCAAAGAUUGCUACAGGUAAGAUUAAGAAGUUUGAGUUGAGGGAAGAGGCAAAGAAGUUCACUAUUUCAGAAACCAAUGUUAACCAGAAGAGUACCCCACAAAGCAGGAAUCAGAGGUCACAGUAUACACAUCAGCAGCCUAUGGAACAAGCAGUAAUGGCCAUGUCUCGUCUGUGAUGUUUAAAUUUUUGGGUUUUUUUUUUUUUUUUGGUUGCCCUUUUCUCAAGGAUAAGUAAGUUUAGUCUUGUAAAGAAUAUCAUACAGAUAUGUGGCCAUUCACCUAUUGUUAUGUUCGCUUCCCUUUAUAAGCAAUAACAGAAAUUAAUUGACAAAGUUUUAUUA